UUGGGCAACGCUAGGCGUGGGCGGGGAGGGGGCGUGGCCCGGCGGCGUCCGGGCCCCGGCGAGGUGGAACUGCGGGAGUUCCGGCGGGAGGCCCGUGCUGACGGCCCGCACCUUCACCAUGGCCUCGGCCGAGCUGGAUUACAGCAUCGAGAUCCCGGAUCAGCCCUGCUGGAGCCAGAAGAACAGCCAAGGUGGGAAGGAGGCCGGGAAGCAACAGCCUGUGGUGAUUCUCUUGGGCUGGGGUGGCUGCAGGGACAAGAACCUGGCCAAGUAUAGUGCCAUCUACCACAAAAGGGGCUGCAUUGUGAUACGAUACACAGCCCCCUGGCACAUGGUCUUCUUCUCCGAGUCCUUGGGCAUCCCCUCACUUCGUGUGAUGGCCCAGAAGCUGCUUGAGCUCCUCUUUGACUAUGAGAUUGAGCGCGAGCCUCUGCUCUUCCAUGUCUUCAGCAAUGCCGGCGUCAUGCUCUACCGCUACGUGCUGGAGCUCCUACAGACCCAUCAGCGCUUCCGCCAUUUGCAUGUGGUGGGCACCAUCUUUGACAGUGGUCCUGGUGAUAGCAACCUGAUAGGGGCCCUGAGGGCCCUGGCAACCAUCCUGGAGCGCCGACCUGCUGUGCUGCGCCUGUUGCUCCUGGCAGCGUUUGCCCUGGUGGUGGUCCUGUUCCACUUCCUGCUUGCUCCAUUCACUGCCCUCUUCCACACCCACUUCUACGACAGGCUGCAGGACUCAGGCUCCUGCUGGCCGGAGCUCUACCUCUACUCUAGAGCUGAUAAAGUGGUCUCAGCCAGGGAUGUGGAACGCAUGGUAGAGGCACGCCUGGCUCACCAGGUGGUGGUGCGCGGAGUGGACUUUGUGUCAUCUGCGCAUGUCAGCCACCUCCGAGACUAUCCUACUUACUAUACAAGUCUGUGUGUUGACUUCAUGCAUAAUUGUGUCCAGUGCUGAGGUCCUGCUCCAGAAAUAAACGCCGACACCUCCCUUCAACCUCUA